AUCUAGUUAGAAUGUCAUCUAUGUUAGAAUAUUUGGCGGUUGAACAAUGUGUGUAGUUUCACUUUGUGGUGUUAUUUGGUAAAUUUUAAGUGAAAUUCUUGUUAAAUAACAUAAAAACAUCAGCCAAAGGGGGUUUAAACAUUAACAAUGAGUGCGAACGGCAGUGUAAUUACCGAUUGGAAACGGCUUUGGCAACUCGUGUCUGGCAUACACCACGAAACACCGGAGAGCACAGUGCGUGAGGAACUGCUAAAUGUAUCGAAAGAGUUGCAAGAUGGUGUAUUACACUUUCGCAAACGCGCCACAUCGAAUAUAAAAUUAGAAGAUUUGCUGAAGGAAAAAAAGCAAGAGAAAUUAUUGCCAUUCACGCAGAAUUUGCAAGAGUUGUUGGACUUGGAGUCUCAACAAUGCUGGGAGAUACUUUGCUACUAUCUCACCAACGAAUAUCGCGGCUCAGCUAGCUCGCUCACUAGCCACAUUUCAUCGGAGAGCAAUAUGAGCAAAUUGCUGGAUGACAUAUGGGGCUAUUAUACACUCGAACGCAUGAUUGUGUUGAAAAUCGUAAAAAAUUUGCUACUCUUCUAUAAAGUUCCUAACCAUCCCUACCAUGCGCAGUACAAAGAGAUUUUAAAUAAAAUUACACUACAGAAACUGCGCGAUUCCUACCUCAAUCAAUUGGAGCAACUUAUUAACGAGUAUCCGCCUAUCCAAUUAGCAAAUGGUGAAUUUUUCGAUUAUCAUACACGGCUGAUUGUAUGGUCAGAAGGAAACGCACGCGAAAUCAACGAAGUGAUACACAUUUUGAUGCUCAUUUGUGAGCAUUUGCCAUUUGAAUUAAAACAUAUAGAAAAAGUAUUUAACUGCUUUAGACAACAUACAUUUGGGCGUCAGCAAAGUUAUUUGGAUGUUGGAAAACCACUGCAUAACGAAUUGAUCACACGCUUAGCGUACUCGGAGACUAUUUUGCUGUUGAAAUGCAUCGAUUUAGACGAUACCGCCACGACAUUGGCACUUAAUAUAAUCGAUUCGUUGGAUAAGGAAAUAAUGCGAAUGUAUCAUAGUCCAGAAAAUGGGCCCCUUUUGUUGGCUUGGAUGUUGCUCAAAAUACGUUUCACAAAAGCGAUCGAAGAUGCAGAAACUUUUUUGCCAUGCCAGUUAAUGGGAAAGAGGGCUAUUGAUCUCAGGUGUUUUGAGUAUUUGCAUAAUUUGCUCACCUGUACAAUGUUUAAGGAUGACAGCUUGGUGUCGCGCAUCGCACGUAAGACUGUGUACAACAUGCUUACGUACAUGUGCGAUUACUUCGAUAGCGAUGGCUCCUGUGCACGUCAUCCAUAUAUAUAUGAACUGUUGUGCGAGCUACUGUCUUGGCCGGCAUUAGCGAAGGAUUUUUGUGCGGAGCAAGAAAAAGGCAUACGUUCUCUGUAUAAUACGCUCUUGGAAACAUUUCCUUUCGAUUUCGUACACCUUUCAAUGCUGGCGAAUGCGCUAACCAAAGCGGGCGCAUACACUUUUGUAAAAUCUCAGCUAGAAUCAUUGCCUAUAUUCACCGAUUUAUAUGAUGAAUGUAAAUACGCCUUGCGUGCCAUCAACGAAGAAGACUACAUACUCACCAGCGCCAUAAAGCCAUUCCCUCACUUGGAUUUCACCAUUCCCGCCAACACAACAGCGGUGAUAAUGUCGCGUCCCAUGGGAUAUUGUGUACAUUUUCGUGUUGCGCUUGACUACUUUGUUGUGUUGCACCACGAAAUAAACUGCUUGCUCGCCGAGACCAUACAAAAUCAAGGCGAUUGGCAGCUGAAUGAACGCGUACGGCGUAUCAAUGCGGGUCUUGAGUACUUGCAAAGUGUUCUUCAACGCACAAAGUCACUCAGCGCUAUAAGUGCUGAAAUGGUGCAUCCUACGGAGAUGUGCAUUGACUUAUUAAACAAAUUUAAGGCGGUGCCUCAACCGCCUGUUGAGAUGUUGGCAAAUUGCUUGAAUGUUUGCACGAUGCUUUUACCAUUAGUGGAUGCUGAAAUUUUCGCUCGGGUCAUUCAUCUUCAUAUUCUGCCAAUGAUCACUAAUGAAACAUUGGAUAGUUACAAAGAUUAUGCCGUUGGCAUUUGCUUUGAUUCCCGUGUGGUUGGCACUUAUUUGGUUGAUGUGGAGAAAAAGUUGGAGCGCUAUGAUUUUUUGAUAGCCUAUUUGGGUUUUUUGCGCGCAUACACAAAGUUACAGCGCAAUAAAUUCUUCAAAAUUGAGAUACCAGGUCUAAUCUUUUUGCUGCGUGAAGUGUUCCCUCAUAUGCAUGCCUGGGGCUUUCAGAGCCAAUCGGAGCGCCACAAAAUUUACACCGAAAUUAUGGGAUUCGUUUGCGAUAUUUUAGAUACCGUAACAAGUCUGGGUGACAAAGACGAAAAGAUUAAUUCCGAGAAACAAUUCCUGCGCGACAUAUGCAUACAUAGUUUAUCGAACAUGGAAAAUGGUGUGGUUCUAUUGAGGUUUGUAGCUCUGGGCAAUGCAUAUUUGCAGCAUGUCAUGGAGAUGGAGUUGAACUGGAUGAUCCAACAAUCGCAUGGCAUCGUGUUGCUGGUGCGCUUAGCUAUGCGCAUACUCAUGCAGCUGCUGCGUCUCAAAACCACCUCACAGGAUUCAACUGAGCUAUCGCCGCUCGAAGCGCUCAUCUACACGCAACCAAAGCAACGCGAUACUCUCCGCAUCAUUCCAGUUGUCACCAGUUAUAUGAGCAAUAUUUUCGACCGCUGGCUGCCCAUUCUGUCGUGCCGGCUUUUACGUCGUAUUGCGCUUGAAUUUAAUAUGUCACUGCUGGCGUGUUUGGACAUGGAACCCGAUCAGAUACGUCUAACGUUUCUGCAACGUUUACCGGAUGAAUUAGAAAGCGAUUCACUAAAGGUGGCUAUACUUGAACUGGUAGAGGCCUGCAUUGAAAAGCAACCAGGCGUCACUGAAGCAUUCUUCAAAGUCAAUGCCACACAAGAGAAACGCUUUUUGGGCAAGGAGGCUGGUGUACAAAUCGCCGAUAGCAUAUUAACUUUCCUUGAAGAUUAUCUAGAAGCUGUGGCGAAGGAUCCGAAAACUGUGGAGCACACGCUGCCGAGCAAAAUUAUGAAUAUUUUCCAUUCGCUCUGGAAGAAUGGCAUGCAAAGCUUGGUGGAGGAUCUCACAAAACGCCCGAAGUUUUGGUUACAACUUUGCAAUCCGCUCUUCAGUACGCUGGGCACAAAUGUGCGUGUCUACACCCAACUAUUGAAUAUACUUUCCAUAGAAAUAUUUUCAACAGCGCCGAACGGCAAUACUGAGUUGAAGGAAGUUGUUUUACGCUUUUUCGAAACGGCAAACUUCAAUAAAUGGCUCAAUUACGUCUUUGAUAUGCCGAAAAUACCAGCCGCUGAGCCCUACUGUGCUGUUGAAGUGUUCAACGAAGACGUGCCCGAAUGGCUUUGCCGCCUGGCAGCAUUCAAAAGCUUUCUUAUUAUACUGUUGAAGAAGCAGCCAUCCUUUAUCGAAGUGCCGCCUAAGCAAUUGAAAAAGUUGGCUGAGCAAACGCUGCUGACGCUGGUAGAUCGCGCCGAAUUUAUCGAAGAUCUGCGUCCAUUCAUCGUGCUCAGUGAAUUGUAUCUCUUUGUGUUGCUCAGUUUCAAGCUAUCGUACACAGAUACGCCUGAAGAAGAUGUUGAAAUGCUGAAACAGGUCAUCAAGCUGCUCUGCCGCUUAUCCUCUUGCUACGAGGAUUUGCAUGUGCGCGCCAAGGAAGCUUGCCUCGCAUUCACUAUUAAGUGCGCCGAUUUACUGGCGCCGGAAUUAUUAAAUGAUUCGGAUGCGGCGCUCAAUUUUCUCUACUCGGUGGUAAGCAUCAUUUGCACUGAAUUGCAAAAUUUAGAGAAUAGCGCACGCGAUGAGAAACAGGCGAAGUUGGCACUGGAAAAUCUACAACAGGCAUCGUCAAACUCGCUGGUGCUGAGUUUCAACCUACUAAAGACUGUUGCUGGCAUAUUUCAUGAGUCCGGCCCCGGUAACUGGGAUACGCCUUUCAUCGUAAACAAAGUAUUUCAACGCUUGUUAAGCUGUGCCAGUUCCAUACUGCACCUAUACAGAAAACAAAAUCUCACAGUCGAGCUGUUGGAUGUGUUGAUAGUCUUUGCGAAGGGCAAUUGCUCGGCAGAGUUUUUGCACUGCGAUGUGGGUGAUUAUCUGUGGCUGAAAUUGCUGCCGCCAAAAGACCUGUUGCAGACCAAUUUCGCUGUAAUUGGACAAACGAAAACGGAUGACAAUAGCUGGACUGUGCAGAAGUGGUGGCCCGUCUAUACGCGCGGCAUCACCUUGGUCACAAUUCUAUUUGAAAAACACAAACAUUACUUCGUGAAACAGGCAUUGCAAUUCGUGGGCAUUCAUGAGGAAUAUUUGGUGGAUUCCUUACUGCUGGCCAAACAAACAUUGGAACCGCUGGCUAUGGAGCUAAUUAAGAGCGCCAUUACGUUGGUGUCGAAUUUGGUCGAAUUCGAGACGAUGUGGCGUUUGGAACACUCGCAAUCGUUGUUUAAUAUGUUGCGCUCCGUUCAAGUCCUCAUGGGACACUGCAUUUCAAUGUUCCACCAACCGAAAAACUUAAAGUGUUUGAUAGCAGGCCGUAACUUGCAGCUGGAUAUAUUAUCGGACAUAGAGCAACCGGGAUUUACUGAUGAAGUAAUCAGCGCCUUUAACAAUCUCACUGAAAUUAUCAUUUUGAGUGUGCAAUGCCUGCAGCGUUUCAGCCCCAAGCUGUUGGAUUUAAUAUGUGCGCCCGAGCUUUUGGUUAGCAAAUACGAACCGAUUUUCGAGAUACAUUUUGGCGCUCCCAAAUUAAAUGAGACUGUCAUAACGUUAGCAUUCGGUACGGUGCUCAGCAUUGUUGGUGUUUUCACAAAAGUGUUGAAUUUGCAAGGCUAUUGCUUUCACGAGGUGCCACUUAAUGUGAUACCCUCCACCGUCAAUGAUGCCGUAAAUAUAUCACAAGGCGGCGCAGCUGCACUCGUCAGAACACAACGCCAAUUUUCUAAAUCCGUUUCCAUUACAUCGGUAUCAUCAGCCAAUUGUCCACCCAAUGAGCUACUAUCCAAUCUGGAUGGUGAACUCUGUUUACUCGCACUCGAGCAUGUGCUCAUGCUAGCCGCCUCUCAGAGCAUGUUAGCUUUGAAAAAUCCCUACCUGCCUGCGCGUGAAAAGCAAAUAGUGCGACGUGAAAUCAGCACCGAGCUACUGACCUUUCAUGAAUUUGUGCGCAAAAAGGUGCUAAUCGAACAUCGUGAACACCGUGAAAUGUGGUAUCGCCGCAAGCAUGGCUUGGUGUAUAUGAAACUGGGCGAGAGUGAGUCAUCAAACGCAGUUACGAGCGCAUCAACAAGUAGCAAAACAAGUGGCACUAACACCACCGCACGUAGUUCAACAGCCGCGCAGCCCACUGCCCGACAUCAUCCCAACGAUCUGCGCAUGAAUGUAGUGCGUCGUCUUUAUCUACAACAAGAGCAAAAUCGGCAACAACAACGCACACCUUCAACUGCCACAGACAAUACAUUCGAAAUGUCGCAUGUGAUCAGCCCAAUUGGCGGUAACGGUCAUACUCAGGCAGCGGUGUCUUCCACACCACAAUUGUCGCGUCCGCCGCUGAGGCGUCAGGGGGAUCCUCCGCACACCGGCAGUGAAGUGAAGCGGAACUAUGGCACGGUAUGUGCCAGCAAUCCGGAAGAUGAGGAGGUGGAAGUACUUGAGGAAAUACAAUAUUUCCCACCUGAAGAGCCAAGCUACACGCCGCUCUCCUACGUGCAACUGGUGGAAGAGGAUUACUUGCAUUUCAUGUCCAAUCUAUUUACCGUCAUAUGCCAAAGUGAUUGAAAGGCUGAAUGCUGAGGUGUAGAAUGAUGUAUUACAUCGUUUUUUAGAAGCCUUUUGUAACGACCGGACAUUAUUUAUAAGUACGAUAUUAAGUAUAUGCAGGUUUGGAAUUCAAAAGUUACAACAGCAACUCAGUUAUAGUUUUAGAAGUUUUGAGAAUACACUUUUCUAUGAACAAAAGAAAAACGUAGUAUUUAAAUUGAAUGAGAAAACCGUUUUUCAGUGCGAUAAGGACCCUGUGUGGUGGGUAGAUCGAUAUUAAAUUUAGAUUUUAUUAAAAGUUUAAGUAAAACGAGUUUAGAUUUAUUAAAAAAUCGACUUUUUUUUAUAGUACUCAAGAAUAUGGGGUAAAAAUUUUAAAGCGAAAUUCGCAUUAUUCCCGAUUCUAUUAGCACUUCAGUGACUGCCCGUCGGUUCAGCACCGUAG